GAUAAUCAGCUGGGCGACCAGGUAGCUUGGUUAUUGUUGAUAAUCUUGUGAAAGUGAAUCUGGUGGGAAGUCGACGUCGGGAGUUUGUGGCAUCAUACAUUGGAGGAAAAGGGCUUUUUGUUACGAAGCAAUGAUUGACCGCGAGGAUAGCAACCAUUCGACGCAAACAUUCACCGAUGACAUUCCACUAUGCAACAAGUCCGCUGUGGCGGAAGCGACCAACAAGAAUUACAGGGAUAAAAGCACCGUUUUCGGAUCAUUGGAUAGAAGCAUGAAUUAUGCUUACGAUUAUGAAACAUCUCUCUAUGGUAUCUUUUCUGGACAAAAUGGCGUAUCUGUAGCUGAACGAACGAGAGAAUCUAUGAUCAUUUCCUUAUUUUUCGGCCAAGUGAAGGAAAGCAAAACACCAGACGAAGUUAAAGAUGUAUUGCGUAAAGCUUUCAUUGACGCUGAGAAUCGAAACCAGGAAGAAGUUGAUGGGCGUUUGGCUAAAAGAAUGGUUUUAUAUGAUAAAGUAAACGAUAAAAAUAUUACCUACGAGGAGUUUCAAAAGUAUCAAAAAGAGAUAAGUGAAAUUAACGCUGAACUCUUGGUCGGAUCAAGUGUUAUAUUGUGUCUUAUCCAUAACACGAAAAUGUACAUUUGCAAUAUUGGAACCUGUCGUGCUCUGCUCUGCAAAUACGAUGAGAAUAAUGCACCAAGAGUCGUGCAAUUCUCAGAUGAUCAUAAUUUAGACAAUCCCGAAGAAAUUAUGCGGUUGUCUCGUCUUGGAUUGGAUCGUGACGCAUUGGCGCAAUCCAAACUACAAAUAACAAGAUGCAUGGGAUGUUAUGCUUAUAAAGGUGGAUACAAAGAUUGUGAGCUUUAUGCAAAACUGGCAUCUGAACCAGUAAUUUCAACUCCAGAAAUCGUUGAAGGACAACAGAUCGAUGGAUCAUUUCAAUUUUUACUACUAUUAUCUGCUGGCUUAUGUAAUGCACUCCGGGAUAUUUAUCCAAACGAUGUCAGUCAACAGAAUCGGGAAAUAAUAAGAAUAACAGCGAAAGAGUUUGAAAGACAAUCAUCAAUACAAGCUGUCGCUAAAGCCGUUGUUAACAAAAUCGUGGAUUUACAUCACCAAGUGUACGUGGAAGGCACACGAAACAUAGUUGGCAUCGAUGAUCUAACAUUGCUUGUUCGAAGGUUUAAUGUUGAGAUGCCAAAUAUUUCAGUUAGUGGCAGCCAGGACACAAUUGUUCCAAACUCAAUGACGGAAAAUACUUUUACGAAUACAACAUCAUCAAUCUACAGCCGAAAACCCGGGAAAAUUGAGAGCGUUGAUCCCUAUAUUUGCUUCGAUUCAUACUAUGAGAAAGUAGCAGCUGCAAGAGCAAGCGGAACUUUGCCUGAGGGAAUAGAUUUCGAUUGAAUGUGGAGGAAAGAUUGUAGAUAGUAUUUCCAAAAUAUGCAAAGGGAUAUGCCAAAUAUUCACAUUAUCAACACAAAUAAAUAAAACCAUAUUUACAUUAUUUAUUUA